GCUCUUCGCGCCCUUCCCAGUGUACAACAGCGCCCUGGCCGGCGUGCCAGCCUCCGCCACGGUGGAGCACAGGCCGCUGCCCAAGGACUACAUGAUGGAGUCCGUGCUGGUGACCCUCUGCUGCUGCCUGCUCACCGGGCUCAUUGCCAUCGUCUACUCCCAUGAGACCCGUGCCGCCCUGAGCAGGGGCGACCUGGCCCAGGCCGAGGAGGCCUCUCGCAAGGCGCGCUCGCUCGUGCUCUUCAGCCUGCUCUUCGGGGUCUUCGUGUCCACCAGCUGGGUCAUCUACGUGGUGGUGGCUCUCUACCUCCCUUGAGGACUAGUGGCUCCUUCGGGGAUGCCAGGAGGCCCAGGGACACCCGACCCGGCCGGACUCUGUGGACUUUUAUGCCUGCUGGUCGCUGUUGCCUACGGAGGGGAGCUAGGGGCAGAAGAGGGUGGGGUUUGUCCAACUGUGGCUGGGCUUCGGCCCCUAUGGGUGGCCUCGGGCGGUGUCCUAAUCUGAGGUGGCCCCCGGGCCCAGGCCCAGCUGUGGGAUGGGGCUCCCAGAGGCCCACGUCUUCGGCGCCUCUCCUGAGGUCUUCCUGGGACUGUGUUGCCUGGGCCCCGUGGCCCUUGCCUUUACUUUACCCCUGGGACACCAUCAGAGGGACCGGAGCUCUCACCGUGCUGAGCCGUCAGGAAGGACGCUGCAAACUCCGGCCUCCCCACCUCCAGCCUAGCUCGGUGAUCGCCGGGCGGAGCUGCGGUGGGGUCAUGGGCAGCUCCUGGCUGGUGGUUCUGCGCCUCUGCCCCAUCCCGGGACAGACUCUCUCAUGCUGUCCCCUUGUCCAGAAAUUGAGGCCCCCAUGUCUGGCCCAUAAAUAAGGCCACCACCCUGGGCAGAACUGCACAGGGCAGCGUUUGGCUGUCGGGCCAGCGGCAUCUGCCAACAGCUGGCUCCCAGCCCGCGCCCGAGAUGCCGUUCGCACACGGGCAGCUCUGGUGGGUGCCCGGGUGUUGCUCACUGUGCGGCCCCCGAGGUGCAAUAUGCUUCUCCCUAGACCGACUUCUCCAGGGGCUUCUUGACCAGAAACUUUCUCCUCGCUGCCUCCUGGCUUCCGCUCACUACCUCUUCCUACGGGCGCGUCAGCUCUGCCCGCUCCAGCUGCGUUUUCUGCUCUCUCUGUCCCUAACUUUAUUGCCCAAAGAUGGAAGAUCAGUUGGGUCCCCAUGUGGUGAGGGUGACUCUGAUUGGGAAGCACUGUCACCAGGUCACCCCAGAGGCUGCUGGACAGCCUACAGAGCUGUCUGUACACUGGUGCCCUUGUCAGACGCCUGGCACCCCAGUCCAGUUGGCUGUGGUCUGAGAACGGCCCCUCAUCUUACCAAGAUUCAAACCGUCUGCAGAGGAGGGUCCCCAGGGAACUCCCAGCGGGGGACUUGUAACUGACAGUCACUGUCGCGGCUUAUCCAGCCCCGAGAACAGUCCUUGCUUUCGGUUUCUUGUUUCUCAAGGAAAUUGGGGCGAUGGCACAACCUGCCCCCUGGAGGCACAGACGGACUCAGUGAGAGAACCCCGGGGUGUCCAGCGCAGGGCUUGGCUUGUGGUGGGCGCCUCGGGAGCGCAGCUGCUGGGUACGGGCGGCAGGAAAUUCUGUUGGGACCUCCACAGCCAAAAGUGAUGGGAGCCUGGGGGGUAAGGGUUUACCAUGAGCUUCGGGACGGCCAGGGCAGACAGGAACCCAUCCAUGGGCGUCUUCCUGGGGAGGAGUCUGGAGCUGUCACCAGAUCCUCAAAUGGGCCUGUGACUUGACAGUUAAAAACCAUGAGCACUGAGAGAGAAGGGGGCCUCCACUGAGCCAUAGAAGAUUGACAGUUCAAGUUGAACUGGGUGCUUUCUGCGCACCCACUGUGUGCUGCUCACAGCCGGAACACCGGGAGCUGACGCACACUGUCCCAUCUCAGCCCUUGAGGUGCCAGGGAACUGGUGAGGAGUGGAUGAGGGUGUAAGUGAUGAGCUACGGUGCUGGGACCCUGACAGGUGGCCUCGCGUUCUGGGCCACAGGGCUGGUCCCGAUUCAGGACGUCAAAAACUAAAACGUAUGGCAGCCACAAAAAAGGUGGAAACAAUUUUUUAGGGAUCAAUAGAUGCCAAAAUGUACUUGGUAGAAUUUAACAGCCGCAGGUGUUCUUACUAAACUCUUAAGUACUUAGACUAGCAUUCCUUAACCUUUAUAUGUGAAAUACCUGGGAAAUCUUAUUAAAAUGCAGACUGAUUUGGUCAAUGAGAGUCUGCAUUUCUAAUGAGCUCCCAGGUGAGUCCUAGAUUGUCUUUUAUCGAUUCAGAGUUCUUUACGCAGCCCAGGUGAGUCCUACAUUAGAUACAGGCACUGGUGUCCUUGUCUGGUUUGGUAUCUGCUGCGGCUGCUACGGGCACGUUAAGUGGGAAAUUAAAACCAUUAAAACCUGUUAUGAUCAGGAUCAACCCAUGGGUGCCCCCUACUGUCUACUACUCCACAUUGUUUCGAGGUUCUAGCUAAUGUAAAAACGAAGUGAAAUCUGUCAUGUGAAAAUUAGGAGACAACUUGAGUUUCUAGCUAGAAUCCCCGAGCCAAUGAAAAAAUCAGGACAAGAGAACUCAGUAAAAUAGUUGGGUACAAAAGAAAUAUACAAUAGUGAAUAGCAACAAUCAGUUAAAAGUGGGAAAUAUUUUAAAUUCCACCCACUAUAGUGAUAAAAACAGUAAAAUCUAGGAGUUAAUAAUGAUCUGGACCCGAGUGAAGAAAACGCUUUUUAAAAAAUUAUCAAAAAACCAAAAACAAAUAAGCUGAACAAAAUAGAUAGGAAGAUGUACUAUUAUAAAAAUAUCUAGUCUCUUUAAAGAAAUUUAAUGAAAUUCCAACAAGAAAACCAAGUUUUUAAAACUAUGACAAAAAUGUUUUUAAAAAUUAACAUGGAAAGGAAACGUAUAAAAACUGCUAAUGACGUUUUUAAAAUGUUGAAUGAGGGUAGAUUUUCCUCACCAGAUAGUAAAACUUACCAUAAAGCUACAAUAACCAAGACAGCGACAGAUCAGUGAAAAAUAACAAAGUCCAGCAAACAUCCUAAGUAUGUAUGGGGAGUUACUAUCUGAUCAAAGAGGCAUUUUAAUGGAGUCAGGGGGGGCUCAUAUGAAGCAGAGUUGCCUGUUUGGUUGGAAAAAAAUAUUUUCGUAUGCAAAAAUCCAGAUGGGUUAACGAAGUACAGUAUAAAGCUCUAGCCCCAGAAGGCAGCUUAGGAGGACACCCAGCUCCAGGGUGCUGGGGAGAACGGAGAGAGGAGAACCAGAGAGGGGAAGCCUGAGGUUUGACUUCAGAAAAGUACAGAUUUAAACCAUGAGUUGAUUUUACUUAUCAGGUUAAGAAAAAAACGAGAAAGCUUGAAUACAUCCACAGGGGAAGGACUGGACACAGAGCCUCGCAUGUGUUACUGGUGGGUAUGCAGCCACAGCCUUUGUGGGAAGUAGACUGAUGGUGUCUUAGUAACAUAUGUAGCAUGUAUUUAUGUGCAUGUAUGUGCAAAGAACACGGACUUCCAAACUGCUGAUAGUGGCGGCCCGGGGACUAGGAGCUGUGCAAUGCGUUGCUGAAUUUAAAAAUAGGAUGUAUUCGUGUGUGCUGUAAUUAAAACACAAGCUGAAAUGUGCACGCCUUUCGACUCAGCAAUUCCAGGUUUAGGAUUCAGCCUGCUGGCCCGAGGCUCCCGCGGUGGAGAGGUAGCUGGGGCGAAUCUGAAACGUUGAGUGCAACAGAAAAAUUCCGAUGAGGUGCAUCCUGACUUCAGAGGUGUUAAAACGUUUGUCAGGGAACUCUAGUGUGGCUUGGGGGUUUCACCUGACAGUGGGAAGGAGCCUGGCCGAGGAAGCUGUGAGCACAUGCACGUUACAGCCCAGUGAGAGGCUGUGGGGCUGCAGCCCACCAGGAGUGGAUGGUGUUCUGGUUGCUCCUCAUACUCAUCCACCCCUGGGAUUUGUCGGUCUUACAAGUUUUAGCACGUCUGGUGGUUAAAACUGGAGUGGCAUUUCGGUGUGGCUUUAACCUGCAUUUCUCUGAUGACUAAUGUUGAGCCUUUUAUCCUAUGUUUAUCGGCUAUUUGGAUAUCUUUUUCUCUGAUGUGCCUGUUCAAGUCUCUUUGAUGCUGGAUUGUCUUUUAUCGAUUCAGAGUUCUUUAUGCAGCCCAGGUGAGUCGUACAUUAGAUGCAGGCACUGGUGUCCUUGUCUGGUUUGGUAUCUGGCAACGCUGGUUUUGUAAAAUGAGUUUGGAAGUGUUCUCUCCUCAUCUACAUUUUGGAAGAGUUUAAGAAUUGAUUGUAAUUCUUCGCUGACUGAUAGAAUUCAUCAGGCAAGCCGUCUGGUUCUAGAUCUUGUUGGAAGGCUGAUUACUGAUUCAAUCUCCUUACAAGCAAUUGGUCUGUUCAGAUUUUCUAUUUCUUCAUGAUCGUUUUGGUAGCUGUAGGUUUCUAGGAAUUGAUCCAUUCCUUCUAGGUUGUCAAAUUCGUUGGUGUAUAGUUGUUCAUCGUGGACUCACGGUCCUUCGCAUUUCUGUGGUAUCUGUUGUACCAUCUCUUUCAUUUCUGAUUUUGAGGUGUUUUUUUUUUGUGAAUCUAAAGAUUUGCCAAUUUUAUUUUUUCAAAGAAUCAGCUCUUCAUCUCAUCGAUCCUUCCUAUUGCCUUUUUAGUCUCCAUUUUAUUUAUUUCCAUUUCCGAUCUUUAUUUCCUUCUCCUAGUAACUUUGGGCUUUGUUCUUUUUCUAGUUCCUUAAGGUGUAAAGUUAGGCUGUUUGAGAUUUUUGUUUCUUGAUGUAGCGAGGCAUUUAUUGCUAUGAACUUCUCUCUUAGAACUGCUUUUGCUGCAUCCCGUAAGUGUUAGCAUGUUGUAUUUCCGUUCUCACUUAUCUCAAGGUAUUUUCUGAUCUCUUGGUUUCCUCUUUGACCCAUUGGUCGUCCAGUUGCAUGUUGUUUAAUCUCCACCUAUUGUGAAUUUUCCAGUUUUCCUGUGAUCGCUUUCUAGUUUCAGACCGUCGUGUCGGAAAAGAUGGACAAUGUGACUUCAGUCUUCUUAAAUUUAGUAAGAUCUGUUUUGUGGCCCAACACAGGAUUUAUCCUAGAGGAUGUUCCCUGUGUGCUUGAGAAGGUGUUGGUUUGGGAUGGAAUGUUCUGUAUAUCUGUUAAGUGCACACGGCACAAAGUAUUAUUUAAGGAUGUUUCCUUAUUGACUUUUCUGUCUGGAUGCUGUAAGUGGUGUAGCAGAGUUCUUUACUUUGACUGUAUUGCUGUCUGUUUCUCCCUUUAGAUGUUAGUAUUUGCUUUCUAAAUUUAGGUGCUCCAAUGUUGGGUACAUAAACAUUUACAAAUGUUAUAUUCUCUUGUUGGAUUGUCAUUUUUUUCUACACAUCUUUUGUUGGGUUUAUUCCUAGUAUCUUAAGACUUUGUGACACCAGUAUAAAUGGGAUCCUUUAAGAAUUGUUUUCUAAUUUUUGAUUGUAUGUAGGAACAUGUUUCAUUUUUUAUCUGAUUGUACAUCCAACCAUCUCUUAGAUUCUCUCAGAAAUCUCAGAGUUUCCGUGCUGCCUUGGCUAGGAUCUCCGGUACAGCAGCAGACAGGUCGUUAGUGGGAUCCUUACCUCAUUCUGAUUUUAAAGGGGCCGCUUUGAAUAUUUCACCGCUAAGUAUAAUCUGGCGUAGGAUUUUGGAGGGUAACAUAAGAUUAAGGGAGUUUUUCGCUUUCUGGUUAGAAAUUGUGAAUGGCUGUCGCGUUUCUUAACAGAGGCCUUCCUGACAUGACAUGGUGUCUGUGAACAUGGUGCCUUCAGGAGAGGCUAGGCCGCGUUGUGGAACGUUAUAAACCCUGAAGUCCCAAUAGCUUAGCACAAGUUCAUUUUUCAUUCAGGUAGAGUCCAGUGUGGGAAAGUGGGAGUGGUCCCUGUCUGGGCUUCCUCUGCUUGGGACUCUGUCAACCCCUGGAAUCUGCGUCAUGGUGGGGACAGAGCAUGGAAGUGGCACACUCAUUCUCAAGUCCCCAGCCCGAAGUGACACUUACCUGCUCCUCAGAUCUCACGGGCCGGGCCUACCUGGAAGGGGCUGGGAAGUGGUCUUCCUUGCACUUAGGAAGGAGCAGCACACUAGAUGGGGGCGCCCCGCCCACAUCCGGGUCUAGCAUACAGGGUCAAGUGCGCUCACCAGCUUACUGACGCCUCUCAUCCCGACUUGGUCGGGGCGUAUUGGGGUUGCUAAGAUACUUGAGUUUUUGCAUUGUCAUUUGCCUGUAAUUAUCUUGCACUGUCUGGGUUUGGCGUCAAGGUCGUAUUCUGCUCGUAAGUGGGGUUGAGACGUCUUCCCAUCUGUUCUUGGUGUUUGUGGAAGGCUGAAGUUAUCUGCUUCGCAUAAAUUACCUGCUAAGCCUG